AUGCUAGAAAACGGCCAGGAGCGGAGAGCGCUAACAAAUUUUUCUACAGAAUUAAAUCUCACACAGAUUAUUAAAACUCCAACUAGAAUCACGGCGACGUCCCAAACGCUUAUUGAUGUUAUUCUAGUCUCAUCCACAGCACUUGUUCUUGAGAGUGGUGUUAUUAACACUUCUAUCAGUGACCACUUACCAGUGUACGUCCUACUAAAGUUAAAGGCCCCAAAGAUGCCAGCAUGUUACAUUACAACUAGGAGUUAUAAAAACUAUAAUCCCUCACUAUUUUCCUCUGACCUUGUCACUAAAUCGGAUCGUCUGUUAUCCAUAUUGUCCAACACCAAGGUUAAUACAAUACUCGAAACCUUCAAAGAUGUUCUUCACUCAACUCUCGACGUGCAUGCACCGUUAAAAACCUUCAAAAUUCGAAAUCGAUCAUGUCCAUAUGUCACCAAUGAAAUAAAAGAACUCAUGAAGUCUCGGGACCUACACCUCCGUCGGUUUCAACUGACACGUGCUGAAGGUGACUGGGUAGUUUACAAAGAAUAUCGUAAUAACGUAAAAACCAAAAUUAAAGCCGCAGCGAAGGACCACACCUUCAACGAAGUAAGAGAACAUAAACACAAUUCGAGAUCCCUAUGGAAAAUAAUUAAUAAUAUAAUUCCCUCGAAGGAAAAGGAAACACAAGUUUAUAGUAAAGAUCCAAAAAGAGUUGCAGAAGAUUUCAACCUUUUUUUUACUUCUGUGGGACGGAACGCUGCUGCGACAGCCGAAAGUUUAGCCAAAGACAACAAUGUUGCACUGUCAAAUCCUCUGUCAAAUGUAAUCACUUAUCCAUCUGAUCAACUGUUCAAUUUCCAAUCCGUUACUUGUACAGAGGUUCAACGCAUUAUCAUGGCUAUGCCAAGUAAUAAGUCACCAGGACCAGAUAAAAUAGGCAUGCGUGUCAUCAAAGACUGUCUUCCAAUCAUACUGGGUCCUCUUACACGUAUGAUAAAUUGCUCUCUAAUGACAAGCACAUUCCCUGACCUAUGGAAGAUUUCUGAAGUUAUACCCCUACUAAAAGAAGGAGACCACGAGAUAGCCUCAAACAAUCGGCCUCUCUCACUACUCGAGGUAGUUUCAAAAGUUUGUGAAAAAGUUGUUCUAAAUCAAUUUAGCUCCUACCUCAAAAAAUUUAAUCGCAUAUCGUCACAUCAAAGCGGGAAUAGGAGUCUUCACUCCACCGAAACCUUAAACAUAUUUGUUACCGAUACGAUGUUGGAAGCCACAGACAACAAAAAUCUAACGGCACUAAUUUUAUUGGAUUUAUCCAAGGCAUUUGACAGUGUCAGUCAUUCGAUUUUAUUACACAAAUUGAGUUGUAUCGGUGCUUCACCCGAAGCUGUUAAAUGGUUCCAAGACUAUUUAACAGGCAGAUCCCAAUACGUGCGCAUUGGAUCCACCAAGUCAUCAGCUCGCCCGAUAACCCAUGGCGUUCCACAAGGUGCAAUACUAUCACCACUUCUGUUUUGCAUCUAUAUUAAUGAUCUGCCAGGGAGCAUACAAUCGUGUAACCUUGAUUCAUACGUAGACGACUCAAAGCUUUACAAAUCAUUCUGCAUCUACGACUUGGAACUGACAACUAUUAAUUUAGAGGCAGAUCUACAAAUAGCAGCCAAGUGGUGUUUGGAGCACCAAUUACUGAUCAAUCCAGAAAAAACUAAAUUCCUUGUAGUCGGUUCAAGACCCAUGCUGCAGAACGUACCUACAGAAAUAUCGCUAACAUUUUUAGGAAAGACUAUAAGACCUGUUUUAUUAGCUAAAGAUUUGGGAAUCAAUUUGGAUUCGUACCUAUCCUACGACGACCACAUAUCUAAACUCGUUUCGUCGUGUAUGAGAAAACUAUGUCAAAUAAAUCGCGUGAAGGAUAGUUUCGAUAAUGAAACAUUAAAAUUGGUCAUUGAGACACUUGUAAUUAACAAGCUUCUGUACUGCUCUACGGUGUGGUCCAACACGUCAUCUAACAAUAUCAAUAAACUUCAAUCAGUGCAGAACUUCGCGUGCAGAGUUAUAUCAGGGGUAGGAAAGUUCGAUCACAUAACUCCGGCGUUGCGCGAACUAAAUUGGUUGCCAGUGGAAAAGUUAUUAUUGGAAAGGGAUACUGUAAUGGCUUACAAGUGUUUUAAUGGACUUGCACCUGACUACCUAGUAAUAAAUUUAUAA